CUCGCGUCAAUCGCCGGCGGCGCGCGCAGAGCAGACCCGGAAGCUUGAAGCGCGGGCGUCGCCUAUCUGCUCUUCGCCAUACUCGCAGAGUGCAGCGCAACUCAAGCACUUACCGCUCACAGCCACCGAAAGCUAUCCCCAUCAUAAGACAUGGCUGAGGACAACGUGACUCCGGAGCAGCUCGCUGCCAUCGCGGCGGAAAACGAGGAGGGCGAGAAGGUCAACUACAAGGCUCCGGCGCAGAAGUCCCUCCAGGAGAUCACCGAGCUGGACAAGGACGACGAGAGCCUGCGCAAGUACAAGGAGACCCUGCUGGGGCCCGGUGCUGCUGUCGUGGAUCCUAAGGCCCCCAACGUGGUGGUGACCCGCCUGACUCUGAUGUGCGAGACCGCCCCUGAACCCCUCACCCUGGACCUGACAGGUGACCUGGAGGCCUUCAAGAAACAGUCCUUCAUCCUGAAGGAGGGAGUGGAGUACAAAAUCAAGAUCAGCUUCAAGGUGAACAAGGAGAUCGUGUCCGGCCUCAAGUACGUCCAGGUGACCCAGAGGAAAGGCAUCAAAAUCGACAAGUCGGACUACAUGGUGGGCAGCUACGGCCCCCGCCCGGAUGAGUACGACUUCCUGACCCCCCUGGAGGAAGCGCCCAAGGGCAUGCUGGCCCGCGGCACCUACAACCUCAAGUCCCGCUUCACGGACGACGACCAGCACGACCACCUCUCCUGGGAGUGGAACCUGAACAUCAAGAAGGAGUGGAAGGACUAAGACCACGGGAGGACGGAGAGAGGCCUUUCUGAGUCGGGUGGUGCUGUGGUUCAGGGGGGGGGGGGGGGGGGGGGGGGUCCCCGUGUUGCUCUCCCCUCGCCACCCGACACCCCCCUCUGUCCCCCCCCCCCCAGCCCCUGUGUCUGCCAUUUCUGCCUUUUUUUUUUGUUUUUGUUGUUUUUUUUAUUCCUCGUGCAUUCCAGCUUCAUGCCUUAGUUUCCACCUCCUCGCCGUCUCUCACGCUCACUCUGAACCCGUCUCUCCAUCGCAGCCCCCGGUCCGUCCAUCCCCAUGGCAACUCUACAGCAGAGUUGCAUCCCAGUUGCGUCUUCUUGGCGUCACCAACCCCCCCCCCCCCCCCCCAUUAACCACGCCCCCUCCCUCCCCCCACCUCCCCCUCCCUCCCCCCCUCAGUGCCUCUACACCACCGCCAUUCAAUCACAUGUUUUGCUGCUUCAAGAGAUUAACCCCGCCUUCCAUAUCUCUCUUUUUUUUUUAUUUUCUUCUUCCAAAAUGGUGUCUUCCUCUCUCAGUAAGUACAUGUGUCGGUCGGGGGGGGAAGGGGGGAAACAACUGUACAAUCGACUUCUGUUUUGCCUUUUCUUUUUUAUAUGAAUGUGUAAAUGGCUGUGUCGUGGCUAGACGUCCAUCACUGUUGAUCAUUAACCCGCGUACCGUGGACCCCCUCGGGGGGCCCCCGCCACGCCCCCCGCAGCGUUGGCCUCAACAGCGUCGCUCGCUGGCUGUCUUUACCAUAUUUUACCAAUACCUGCCUUGUGAACGAUUUAAAAAGAACAAGAAUAAAAAACUGCUUUAGGCCCCUGACCCCUCCUCCCUCAUCCUCUCCUCUUCCCCCCCCCCCAGGGAUGAGUCGAAUCGACCGUAAUAUUUACUCUUCUACGGUUAAGAGCUGUAAAGUGUGUGAAGGAAGGAGCUGUAAAAAAAUACAUAAAAAAAACCUACUACAAAAAAAACAACUAACCAAACACUUGCAUGCCUUUGGUGCCAGAAGCACAACUGCUGUCAAUCAAGGGCUCACCUCUUGCCACACGAUGAGCGAACCCCUCCUUCCCCAGCCCUUCGGGGGGCAGCGCUCCUGCUGGUAGCGGUCCCAUCCCCACGACGCUGCAGGACCCGCCGGCGGCGGCGGCGGCGGCGGCGGCGGCGAGCAGAACCACGCCGCCCCCGUGGUCACCUCAACGCUCUUCGCUCAGCCCCUCCUUAGCCUCUUAGCACGCUGUCAUCUCGGUCAGUAUUGAUAUCUCUCGGCACUUGUGUUCCUCCUCCACGCCUUGAGGCCUUAACACCCACCCCCUGGUCAGGUGUGAAACUAAAUUAUGAAUAUUACCUUUUCCGUUUAUUUCUUUGAUUUGUUUUCGCUUUGCCUUUCAUCAUGCACAUCGGCCCCUUUUUCUUAACAAUUACAACGACAAAAAAACUGCAUUGAAAAACGUCUUGACCUCAGCUGUCCAAUCAGAAGGUCGGAGAGAGUGGCGUUCUGGGGGGGGGAGAGAGCCUUCUGAGCUGGACGCCGCAUGCUCGCUGGAGACCCUGGCGGCGUACGGUCUGGUCUUCGUCACCGGGUCCUUGUAGCAGAGAGGGAAGCAGACCGCUGUGGUCACCUCUGGCCAGGCCUCAGACACAGCGCCACCUAGGGCCUCGGCAUAGCAACCCCUGAUGAGACCAGACCAGGCCCGCCUAUUGACGGCUUUGAUGGGUGGGAGAAUAGAUCGGUUAGGACAAGGGAGUGGGUCUAAAAAUGUUAAAGUCCCCCUGCACCUCAGACAUCAAAUGUAUGUAUUGCUGUAUCAUGCAUUCUUUUUCAUUGUACAGUUUAUAUGAAACGCUGGCAUGCUGGUGGGGUUGUAUAUUUGAUCAUUUGUGAGUGCUCUUCUCAAGUCAAUAAAACAUUUGCUGAA